AUGGCGGAUGUUGAGGUGCUAAAGGACAACGAAUUGGAACGAAAUAUUGGUGGUGUUAAGAGUGAAGACCAAGAAGAGGAACUGAUUGAGAUUGAUGCGAAUGAGAAAGAGGUUGAUUUGACUCGCCGAAGGAUCAAUAAGAUUGAAGGAUUCGACUUUUUGAAAUGCAUUGAAUCGCUGUGUCUUCGAUGGAAUCUGAUCAAAAAAAUCGAAAAUCUUCAAAAUCUCACGACUUUAACUGAACUCGACCUCUACGAUAAUCAAAUCACAAAAGUUGAAAAUCUGGAAGCAUUAGUGAACUUAGAAGUGUUAGAUCUAUCGUUCAAUCGAAUCACCAAAAUCGAAGGACUUUCAACGCUGAAGAAUUUAAAGAAACUGUUUUUCGUACACAACAAGCUUGAAAAAAUUGAGGGAUUAUCAGAGCUAACCGAAUUGACGUAUUUGGAAUUGGGUGAUAACCGCAUUAAGAAAAUCGAGAAUCUGUCGGCAAACUGCAAAAUUGAACGUCUCUUCCUCGGGGCAAAUCAAAUUCGUGAGAUCGAAAAUCUUGACAAUCUCACUUGCAUUCAAGUGCUCAGUCUUCCAGCAAACGCCAUUCAAGAAAUAAAGCAUCUCGAAAAACUACCAAACCUCCGCGAAUUGUAUCUGUCGCAAAAUGGUGUGCGAAAAAUCGAAGGACUCGAGACUUGUGAGAAGCUCGAAAUUCUCGAUCUCAAUCACAAUCUCUUGACGCGUAUCGAUGGAGUUCGGCACUUGAAGAAUCUCACUGAUUUUUGGGCAAGAAGUAAUAAGUUAGAAAUAUUAGAUGAUGUAGAGGAGCUUGCUGAACUGCCGCGUCUUGUACUCGUUUAUCUUGAGAUGAAUCCGUUCUCGGACAGUUCAACGUAUCGAAGUAAAGUGAUUCGUAUGUUGCCUCAGAUCAGGAAACUAGACGCUGAAUACUGCCGAGGCUUUACGAGCCUCUUUUCGUGA